GGACCCCCGGGCCUUGCGGCCGCCUCGGUCGGAACCGCUCCGGGUCCAGCCCCGCGCCGGGCCGGCUGUUACGGCGCCUUGGGCCGGACGAUGCCCAAGAAACUGCUGCUGUUGCCGCCCCUGUCCGCGUCCUCGGCUUUCCGCGCGCACCGAGCUGGCCAAGCGCAUCACCGAACGUCUUGGUGCUGAAUUGGGGAAGUCUGUUGUAUACCAAGAGACCAAUGGAGAAACAAGGGUCGAAAUAAAAGAAUCCGUUCGUGGCCAAGAUGUUUUCAUUAUACAGACGAUACCCAGAGACGUGAACACAGCUGUGAUGGAGUUACUGAUCAUGGCGUAUGCGCUGAAGACCGCCUGCGCCAGGAACAUCAUUGGCGUCAUCCCGUACUUCCCCUACAGCAAGCAAAGCAAGAUGAGGAAGAGGGGCUCCAUCGUGUGCAAGCUCCUGGCGUCCAUGCUGGCGAAAGCAGGUCUAACUCACAUUAUCACUAUGGAUCUCCAUCAAAAGGAAAUACAAGGCUUUUUCAGCUUUCCCGUGGACAACCUUAGAGCCUCUCCUUUCCUGCUUCAGUAUAUCCAGGAAGAAAUCCAAAAUUACAGAAAUGCAGUCAUUGUAGCUAAGUCUCCAGAUGCUGCGAAAAGAGCCCAGUCAUAUGCAGAGAGGCUGCGCCUGGGGUUAGCUGUAAUCCACGGAGAAGCUCAGUGUACGGAGCUGGACAUGGAUGAUGGCCGUCACUCUCCCCCCAUGGUUAAGAACGCUACCGUGCACCCGGGCCUGGAGUUGCCAUUGAUGAUGGCCAAAGAGAAGCCACCAAUAACCGUGGUCGGAGAUGUUGGAGGACGCAUCGCAAUCAUAGUGGAUGACAUCAUCGAUGACGUGGAGAGUUUCGUUGCUGCCGCCGAGAUCCUGAAAGAGAGAGGAGCUUACAAGAUCUACGUCAUGGCCACACACGGCAUCCUCUCCGCAGACGCCCCCCGCCUCAUCGAGGAGUCCUCCAUCGACGAGGUGGUGGUGACGAACACUGUCCCUCACGAGAUACAGAAGCUGCAGUGUCCCAAGAUCAAGACUGUGGAUAUCAGUUUGAUUCUCUCGGAAGCAAUUCGGAGAAUCCACAACGGAGAGUCCAUGGCCUACCUUUUCCGAAACAUCACUGUGGAUGACUAGCUGGCGGCAGCCUGGCCCCCUGGCGUCCGUGCUCAGAGCAGCGCCGUCAGUGACGUGCAGUUUCCGUUCAGGGGAGGACCGGAGCGAGUCUGGAGCCCGGUGGUUUCUCUCGCCACGACCGUUGAAGACGGGAGAGGAGCGAGUGCGGGGGUGUGACAGCCUUACAGCCUGCGGGCGUCAGCCUUGUUCCUUAGAAGUUACAGGCGCUUUCCUUUAUUGAAGGCAGUUAAAGCUAGAGAGAAUCCCGUUUUCCUUUCAGAAACUGCCGUGGCUGCAGCCAUUGCCCUGCAAAGCCUUUGUGCCAUGGCUCCUCGCAGGACAUCCGAUUAGAGAACAGCCCCCUCCCUGGUGUCUCUGUCGCUCUGAAGUUGCAAAUAAAAGAUUUCUCGUC